GCCGUAUUGAAAAUAGUAAUUUAAGAUGUUUUAAUCUAGACCUGUAAAACGCUUCCCACUCUCCUCCCCUCUUUUUCUUUCUUUCCUUAUUUUUUAUAUCGUUUGAUUUUUUUGUUUGUUGUCUUUUUCCCUAAUUUUACUAUUGAAGACAUGAGCGAUUUGUGAAUUCAAUCUACCUACAUUGCUGUCAGUUAAUUUUGUCCUCACUUGAUGAAUUCAGAUAGAGGAAAACCUCGACCUGCAGCAGGUCCGCCUCGCACCAUUAAUGUGCACAAAUUUGCCGAGUCUCGAGCUUCUGAACUUGAGUCUCUUCACUCAAUUGUAAAAGAACGAUUAAGUAAUGAUUUUAAAUCUCAAAGAAGUAAGAGAAGGCGAACAACUGGACAUGACAACAGAUUGGCAAAGAGUAGAGUUAGAAAGAAGCAGAAAUCAGGAGAGGAUAAUGUAACUAACCUAGACCAUUUGGAGAAAGAUACGAAGAAACUUCCACGGCAUGUUCGUAGGAAACUUGAACUUACAAAGAAUUCUCAGAAUGGUUUCUCAACUUCAGGAGAUGGGACUAAGAGACUUAGAACUCACUUGUGGCAUGCUAAGCGUUUCACAAUGACAAAACUUUGGGGAUUCUAUCUGCCCCUUGGUGUGCACGGCAGGGGGAGGGGCUCAAGAGCUCUUUUGAAGAAUCUAAAAGGAGGAGUACUUGUCCAUGAUGCAAGUUAUUGCAGAGCUGUGCAGUUGGAGGGUCCAGAGGAUUUGUUGCUGUCAAUCCUAGAAACUGUGCUUGUGCCUUCUCCAUGUUCACAUUGUGAAGAUGCUCGUUCUGACAUACUCUCUGGUGCUAUCUACGGUAGUGCUGAGCUCCAUCAUGUAGGAGCUGUCUUUUCUCAGACAAUUGCUCCUGUAACCUAUAUGUGGCAACCACAGCAGUGUAGGAAUACCGAUACAAAGGUUGAUCAUGCCAAUAUAUGUGAUGAACAAGAGAAAGUUGAUGGGCAUUCUUCUUUAAGACGGCUAUGGGUUUGGAUACAUGCUGCUGCCUUUAGAGAAGGAUGUAAUGCGUUGCAAAAUGCUUGUGAAAGGCAGGUGGAUGCAGCUGGCACUAGAGUUAGUUGUGUUUCCCUUGAGAACCAUCUCGGGAAGCUGGAAGUGAUGGGAUCAAGGGCAUCUCAGCUUCUUCAAAAGAUGUUACAUCCUUCGACCUGUUCUUCAGUAAAUACUUCCGUAUUGAAGUAUGCAUCCUACAUUGAGAAUGAUGAUCAAAUCCCAUCUUCAGCAAUCUUCUCUCUCUCUGUUGAUGAUCCUCGAUUUUUGGAUAAAGAUAUUACUAAUGCUUCGGAAGCAAAGGUUCAAGAUAUACUAUCUUAUAAGAAAGACGAGAGCGGAAGAAAUGGAACUCCAAAAAGAGAUAUGAAAUUACUUGUGUGUUCGUUCUUAGAACCUGAAGGGAGUCAUGGCUUAUCUGAGUGUAUUGAUCUGUGGGAUACUAAAAAGGACAUAGAUCCUCCAAUAGAAGAGAACAUCCUUUGCAUGGAGAAACACCGUCAGCGUAAGGAGUUGUUUCGCAUUGGUGAUAUGAGCACAGGCAGACAACACCCUUCUAUUGAGAGGCAAUUUAAUAGGUUCUGCCCUCUACUGCUUCUGAGAAGUGAUAGCAAGAAAACUUCCAUUAUAAGAUGGUCUAUUAUUCUUCCACUGUCUUGGAUCAAGGUCUUUUGGAUGGCUAUUGUGACCAAUGGUGCUCAAGCGAUUGGUUUGCGAGAGAAGCACUGGAUAUCUUGUGAACUUGGGUUGCCAUGCUUUCCAAGGGAAUUCCCUGAUUGCAGUGCAUAUUCUUGUUUCAUGGCCUUGGAGGAAGCUGCUUAUGAUAAAAAGUCAGAGCUCCGUUCUCCUCACACAAGGACUUGGAAAGUUCCAGUUCCAUCUCCAUGGGACAGUCUCCGCCUUGCUAUAGAAGCACUCAAUGGGGCAGCUCAUGGUCGGGUACAACAUGAACAACUUUUACCAGAUGAUAUGAUCAGAAAUAUAGCAAUGAAUAGUCCAUACCUGAGAAGUUGCAAAACAGAAAAAGAGAGUAGUUGUGGUGCUCCAUUCGAGGGAUUUGUUGCUAGGACAUGUAAUGUGCUGACUCAGUUUUUGGAUGAAAUCAAAGGUAGCCAUCUACUUUUAUUUCCGAAAGUGCUUCACAGUAAGAAGUGCAUCGGCAAAUUUAUGAAGGACGAACGGAUACUCAAUGAGGAUGCAGAUGGGGUCAUUUACCAGAUAAAUCAGGACCAAAAAUUGUGUUUGGUCAGAGUUCUUUUGCAUGCCUACAGAGAAGGUUCUUUCGAAGAAGGAGCAGUUGUUUGUGCACCUCACAUCGAUGAUGUAAUGUUGUGGACAACCAGAUCAGAGAUCUCCAAAGGAGAUUUUCAAGUACCUGAGUCCUUUGCGAGAUCGUGCUUCUCCCAGCAAGCAACUGGUAAAUGGGAAUUUCAAGUACAUGAAGAACCUGCUGCUAAAGAAUCUUGUAGAUUACCGAUUGGCUUUAUUACAACAGGAUUUGUUCGAGGAAGCAAAAAGCCUGUUGCAGUGGCUCUUUGCGAAGCUGUCUGUCUUGCUCGCCUGAGAGAGGAACAGUGGAAGGCUGUAGGUGAUAGGAAAAGAAGGAAGGAGAUCUAUGUCCUGGUUAGAAAUUUAAGGUCCACGGUGUAUAGAGUUGCUCUUGCUUCUAUCGUCCUGGAACAAUGGGAAGAUGAUUUGGAGUGCAUGUGAUUAGACGAGGCCAUGAGGGUUAAUUAAGAUUACUAACAAGAUUUAUGCAGAAAACUCGUUGCAAUCUCAUGUGUGAACUCUGAUAUGUAUUUACCUUAAGAUUGCAUCAAUAUUUAUUCAAAUGUUCAAUAUCAA